AUGGCCAGCAUCUCCGAUGACUUCGACGCCCUCGGGCGCUUCGUCCUGCGGGGCUUCGACAAGACCAAGCCGAUGAGUUCAUUCCUGCCGGGGGUCGGUGGCUUCUGGGGCUUGCCGAUGGACAUGUUGAUCGGCAUGAACGAGAUGGAAAUCCGCGAAAUUAACAAAGAUGUCGGCCUGAAAACGGAGGUUCUGUACUUCACGGUCCCGAACGAGGAGUUUCCGGCACUGGUGAGAAAGGUGUCCUUCACCAACUUGGGCGACACGAAUCUGCACAUCAGCCUCUUGGACGGUCUCAUGAAGUUGGAGCCCACCGGCAUUCCGCACGAGAACCUUGUCACAAUGGGCCGAACCAUGGAGGCAUGGAAAAACGUCUACAACACGGAGGAUGGCGACAUGCGGCGACCAUUCUUCCACAUCAGCUCCGAUCCAGCGGACAUCGCACAAGUCAAGGAGGUCGAAAACGGGCAUUUCGUGGUGGCAUUUGUUGAUGGAGAGUACCAGCUCUUGCCGUUUGUGGUCGACCCUGCGGUUGUUUUUGAGCAUGACACAUCCCUCAGAUGUCCUCACGGCUUCACACCAGGCACUUCUCCAGAGGCCUUGGCUUCAGGCGAGCAGUGCAAGUGUGCAAGGACGCCUUGUGCUCUUGCAGCCGCCUCUCAGUGCCUAGCGCCAGGACAGAAGGUGACGAUCACCUCCAUCUACGGCCAUGCUUCAAACAUCACACAAGCUGUCGAGAAGUUCAUCCCGAAGGUUUGCACGCCUGGGUUUGUCGACAAGAAGAUGGAGGAGGCAAGGAGCAUCCCAGGCACCUUGGCCAAGAAAGUGGAGACUCAAACGGCGUCCCCCAUCUUCAACCAGUACAUCAACUUCAACUUUUGGGACAAUUUGCUACGAGGCGGACUGCCCCACAUCCUCGGCGACCUUGGUAACGGUGCCAGGGACCAUCCAAAGGUGUAUCAUUGCUUCAGUCGCAUCCACGGUGACAUGGAGCGUGAUUACAACAAUUUCCAGCUCGACCUCACUUACUUCUCGCAAGGGCCGGGUAACUACCGUGAUGUGAAUCAGAACAGACGAGUUGACGUCUUCUUCGAGCCUCGCGUUCGGGAUUUCAACGUGCGCCAAUUCCUCUCGUUCAUCCAGGCUGAUGGCUACAACCCUUUGUCAGUCGCCACGCCCCUCUUCAAGAUGCCCGGAGACAGCAAUCUCAGCCACUUCUUGGCGCGAGCCAUGGAGAAGCAAGGGUGCAGUCUGGAGAAGAUCGGCAGCACUCUCUCGCGCGAGCAGUUCCUCCACCUUUUGGCACGGGAGGCCCAAGAAGUGCCGGUGGCGAAGUACAACCAGAACGGCUUCUGGUCGGACCAUUGGACGUACAACAUGGAUCUAUUGGACAAUUUCCUCACCAUUUACCCGGAUAAGGAACUCGAGCUUCUGUUCGGCCUGGAGCCCAUCCCCUUCUUCCUCUCACCUUCCACAGUGCAGCCACGUUCCAAGAAGUACAGAAAGCUCAGCGACGGGACGGUGAUCCAGGUGGAUGCUGUUUUGGAUGGGGCGAACAUCGCAAAGCCUCGAGAACAGCUGAUCACGGCGGCCCGCAGUGGGAACGGUUAUGUCGAAGACCCACUUGGCAACAACAACGCGUGGCACCUCGACGCUACAGGAAACCCCAUGGUCGUCUCAGUUGGGUCCAAGCUGCUGAUCGUCGGGGUUCUGAAGUUUGCCACGCUGGACCCUCUAGGCAUGGGCAUCCAGAUGGAAACCGGCAAGCCAGGAUGGAACGAUGCGAUGAACGGUCUCCCUGGCAUUCUCGGGUCGACCAUGCCAGAAAGCUAUGAAACUCUGCGAGUGUUGAAGUAUUUGAAGAAAGUCAUCCAGCGCUACCCAAAGCAGGACUUCGAGGUACCGACGGAGAUGCACACGCUUAUGCAGGAGGUGGAGGCGCAGUUGGGCAACUACUGCUUGACGUCGCUUGAGUCUCAGAACAUCACGACUGGCAAAGUGCCAUCGGCUGAUUUUUCUUAUUGGGGCGCAGUGAGCACAGCACGAGAGGUUUACCACGAGAGCAUUCUGGGACCCUUCUGCGGCAGCAAGCAGCCAUGGAGCAGCAGUCGAGUUGCGACUCUGCUGGACAAGAUGGUGGCCAAGAUGGAGCAUGGCAUUGGAAGAGCUUUGAAGUUUGGAAAAGGCAUGACUCCGUGCUACUUCUCGUACAAGGCAGAGAUUAGAGUUGACAGCGACUCUAGCGGCGAGGUUGCCGUCCCAUUGUCAUUUGAGAUGCCGACAGUGUACCCCCUCUUCCUCGAGGCCUUUGUGCGCCAGCUGAAAGUCACGGAAGGCAGCGAAGAUUGCCGCGAAGUGUACCGGAAGGUCAAGAGCAGCCCACUUUAUGACACGCCAUUGAAGAUGUACAAGGUCUGUGAGUCCUUGAAAGGCCAACCUCUGACCCUGGGCCGAAUGCUCGCGUUCCCUCCGGGCUGGCUGGAGAACGAGUCCAUCUGGCUACACAUGAGCUACAAAUAUCUGCUGGAACUGCUUCGGGGCCGCCUUUUCACGGAGUUUUUCGAGGAGAUCAAAACGGGCCUCGUGCCUUUCAUGGACGUGAAGCGCUAUGGCCGCUCUCCAUUGGAGGCUUCGUCCUUCCUUGCCUCGACAGCGUUGCCCGACAAGCGGCUUCACGGGACCGGCUUCGUGGCACGCCUUUCAGGUUCCACAGCCGAGAUGAUGUCGAUGUGGACUUUGAUGUUUGCCGGCCCGCAGCCUUUCCGCUCAGACGGAGCUGGGUCGCUGGAGUUAGCUUUCGAGCCGGCAUUGCCUUCCUGGCUGUUUAAGGACGACGGCACAGUGUCCUUCACGUUCCUAGGCUGCACGAAGGUCACCUAUCACAAUGCAGCCCGCAAGAACACCUGGGAACUCGAUGCACCGCAGCGUUUGACAUACUCCACGGUCGAUGGUGUGAGCAAGACACAAAACGGUGGUGUGCUGCCCCGGGCAGAAGCGCUUCUGGCUCGAGAGCUCAAGAUUGCUGCCAUCGACGUCUACUAUUGA